AACGAAAACGAACUCGCGAUCCGAUUCAAAACCGCGAGUGCGAGAGCAAGAGGAAGAAGGACAUACGCUGCUGCUGCUGCUGCCACUGCCAGAAAGAACCCAUCAUUCAUAAAAAAGAGUGGAUCCAGCAAAAAAAAAACUUGUCCAUCGCGUAAAAGCUGCCAUUUUUCGGUGCGUAUUCGUUCCGGGCUCGUAGCUGAAUCUGUGCCGUUGUGGUGUACCGCUUUCGUUAGUGCGUGUCCGCGGUUCGGAAUGUGCCGGCUCUAGUUUGUGUCCUCACGGAAGAUAGAAAAAAAACAUCCGCCGGAACAAUGUGAGAAAGGAAGCUGCUGCCCCCAAGCCGAAACGACGGGAGUGUGCUGUCACUUUGUGAAGGAAAAGCAAGAAAAAAGAGUUACUUUUUGUCCGUGUCAAAAGUCCUUGCGAAAAAUCCGCCUCCGAGCUGACCGGUCGUUCCGUUCGCGUGCAAAUUGUCCCCCGUGCGGACACGGGGACCGUGUCAAAACUGGACAAUGUCCUCGAAGCUGUUGAACUACCCGGCGGCCACUACUAAUCCGCACCUCGCGUCCGGAACCGGUCCGUCAUCCGGAGGUUCGUCCGCGCCUGGCAACGCCACCGUCGCCGGCCAGCUCAACCUGGAGAACCUCCAGCUGGACGACAUCCUGUGCACCGUGUGCCAAUCCGUGCUCGUAGAGCCCGUGUUUCUGCCCUGCCAGCAUCGGUUCUGCCGCAACUGCCUCAGCGGAACCAUCGAAAAGAACAACCUUAACUGCCCGUGCUGCCGGAAGCGCUUCGGAACCUGGUACCGGAACGCGUCCCGCGUCAACAAGCUUGUCCACGAGCAGCUGUGGAGUGCCAUCCAGCGCCAGUUCCGGGAGUAUCUGGAGGAGGACGGCGGUGCCCCGGGGCGUUGCAACGGGAACGGCGGAACCGGCGGUGGGAACGGAAUCGUGACGAGCUGCUUUGUGCCGCCAACCGAAAGCGUGAUCCACCUGAGCGAGCCGGGCGAAAUCCGCAAGGAGUACGAGAACGAGCUGCAGCGGUACCGCAAGGAGCUGAUCGAGGAAAAGAAGAAGGAGCUGGCCGCGUCCGAGAAGUACAUCAUCAAUCUGUACAAGCAGGAGGGCAUCAUCGAUCUGGUCGACAGCAGUGACCAUCUGUCGAUUUCCUCCUCGACGAGCACCCCGGAACCGCCGGACCAGGACAAAGUCGCCAAGCACGACAGCGCCAACAAGGGUGGUGCCGAUGUCCACCAAGUCGACGACGACGAUGACGAGGAGGCGGGCCCGUCGGGAUCGUUCCCGAUCCGGAAUGGAACCACCAGCAACGCGGCGGCCGCCGUCGCCGUCGCCACCACUGCGGGAACCAGCAACAAUCAGAAACCUGCGGCGAUUGCGACCAAUCCGGUCGCCAGCCGUCCCGACACGUCCAAGUCGGGCAGCAUCAUUUCCAUUUCCUCCACAUCGACCGCUUCCGGAGCGUCUUCCUCGUGCAUUUCGUCCGCGUCCAGCCGGUACAGUUUGAGCAAGGUUGACAAGGCGGGACAGAAGGGGGCGACGUCCCUCGGCAAGCAGUCAGCAGGAGCGGUGAAGAAAGUUUUCACGAUGGCCGAGGUGAACAAGAGCGAGUUGUGCGUCAAGCCGACCAAGAUUCACCGGCGAACCUCUAGUCAGGCCGCCGCCGGUGGAGGAGGCGCGGAUGACGACGAUGACGUGGACGACGGGGACAGUCUGCGGUCGGAGCUGAACCACUUCAAGCCGAUCCUGGCGACGACGCCCAAGAGCUGCUUUUCACCCAAGGCCAUCGUGCGGGUUCCGUCGGUGCGACCGGAGGCGGGCACACUCCCGACGUCGUCAUCCAAGGCCAACAACGCCGCCGGACCCAGCAGUCCCACCAAGAGCCCGUUCAAGCCGAUCGAUCCGACGACACCUCGCCGAUCGGCCUUUUCCGUGGUGAACAUGCACCUGUUUACACCGCUGACGGCCACCGUGGUUGGCCCGUCGAAAAAGCAACCGGAAUCGGUUGCUUCCGCCAAGAAGAGUGGUUCCUCGCCGCCCAAGAAGCGAUCGAGCGCCAAAAAAGGCAGCAGCUCGAAGAAAAAGUCGAAAAGCACCCCCGCGCUGUCCGGCAACCGCAAACGAAAGCUCAAGUUCUCGCCCACCUCGACCAAGGUGGCCAAGGCGAAAAGUAGUCCGGUGAAGCCGGCGGCGGAAGACGCCGCGCCUCGCGUCACCCGACGAAGCGUCAACAAGGAGGCGAACCGCCUCAAGGAACUGAUCGUCAACGAUCAGCAACGGCGCGAAGCCAUGAUCGAGCAGGAGCGGCGGGACUUUGAGUUCGCCCAGAAGCUGCAGAAGAAGUUCAACCGCACGCGGGGAGCCACCGGCGUGACCAUGGCCCCGGAGGUGAUCGCCAAGGAGCUGCUGAAGCAGGCCCAAGCGUCAAUCCCACCUCCCCGAAGGCACAGCAUUUCCUACUCGCUCCGGCGAAGACCCUCUGUGAUGGAGAUUCCCGCGGCACCGGAAGUGGUCGAACCCAGCACCAGCUUUGCCGUACCGGAACCUCCAACGACCUCGCGAAAACGGAAGACGGUGGCAGCGCCACCGUCCCUCCCACCACCUCCUCCUCCUCCGCCCCAGCCAACUAACAGGAAAAAAGCAACGAAGGCCGCCACGGCGGCCCGGGUGCCGAUCAAGGUCGAACCGGAAGUCGCGCCACCACCCAAGAUACUGCGCCGUUCAACCCGGAACCGCAACUAGACGCUGUGAAUGUGGCGGGCGCACAAACUUAGAGGCCGGCGGCGGGUGUAAAUUCAGUGCUCUCUCACCGCCAAAAGCAGCGCGAGAGUGAGAGUUGAAGCUGAUGUUAAUGUGAUCUUGAACCAAACGGAAACGCGCGGCGUGUGCGCGCCGAAUGUAAGUAGUACUUGUAUGUGUGUGUGUGACUGUGUAUUUGUAAGUGCGAGAGAGAUGGCAGCAAGUCGCGCGUUCUGUUUGGUCUAACUUAUCUUUAAAGUUCUGCAAUUCAUUUCCAUUUCCGUUUUUGUUUCGUGCAUUACCGGUGUGGUACCCCAGUGGGGGUACCUCUUCUCUUUACUUUGGACCAACAAAUGUUACGUUUAGUCAUUUAUUCCUUAUUUUUAAACUGUUUCCUCCAAGCGAAUUUGGUUGAGUUUGACCUCUCCCGUCACAAUUUCAUCCCCAAAUUCGAAGACAACGCGUGUCGUAUCAACCACCUAAAAGAAGAAGGAAAAACUAAUUUCCCCUGGAAGGGGAAAGCACACAAAAAGAGA